AUGCAGCACGGAGUGAAGAGGACUCAUUUGUCAGGUGCGGCCGCCGAGGCGAAGAACGCAAGAAACAGAUUGUUAUUGGAGAAAUAUGUCGCCCUGGAAGAGACUGUGUUGCAAAAGAGAAGGAGGAAAGAGUACACUCGCGAUGCUCUUGAGAUCACGAAUGAAUUAUUGGACAUGAAUCCUGAAUACUACACCGUCUGGAAUUAUCGUCGUCACAUAUUGCGAGGUUUAUUCCCAACACUCUCUGACGAAAAGAAAGUACAGAUUCUUGGCAAUGAAAUUCGCUUAACAACUUCCUACUUGCAAGUCAAUCCGAAAGUCUAUUGGAUAUGGAAUCAUCGUCGCUGGUGUCUAGAAUCUAUCCCGGAGGGCCCUGACGGAUCCGAAGGCUGGAAGAACAGCUUUUGGAAGAUUGAGCUUGAGCUGAUCGAGCAACUCUUGCGGCUUGACCCCCGGAACUUUCACGCUUGGGGCUAUCGUCGGACAGUGAUUGCAGGACUGCCCAAGUCGUUUCCUGGUCAAUCAUCUCCCCGGGACGAAAUCCGCUUCACAACUAAGAAAAUUGAAUCAAAUUUCUCCAAUUUCUCGGCCUGGCACUACAGGAUCCAGCUAUUCACAGGGAUUUGGCGGUCGAUGACUGCAGAGGCUGUCGAGGGCGAGAAACGUGAAGAAUUCGAUUUCGUCCGACAAGCUUUAUGGACUGACCCAGCUGAUCAAUCGGCCUGGCUAUAUCACCGAUGGCUCAUUGGCACAGAUUCGGACGAGGAUACCUUGAAAUCGGAGGUCAAAUCCAUUCGAGAGCUGCAUGAAACAGAGCCAGACUCAAAAUGGUGCAUGAAUGCGCUGGCCCAUUAUGAGCGUAUGUUAUCGGCGACCUCGUCCGAGGUAUCGAGCAACUCUUGUGCGGAUGCCGUCGCUCUAAUGGCACGUCUAGAGGAGAUAGAUCCUCAGAGAAUCUCAAGGUAUCGCGAUUGGGUAGCCGAGGUGAAAUGA